UGGAACAAAAAAGGAGUCCUUGCAGUGUUGACCACGGUACUUACACCUCCCUUCAUACCCAAGCGUCAGAAGAGUGAUUUAUCCAUCUCAAACAAGGAAAGGAAAGAGAAGCUUGGAGAAAAGAUUGUUCAACUGCAACAGCUUGUUUCACCGUAUGGGAAGACAGAUACAGCUUCAGUACUGUUGGAGGCUUCUGAGUACAUACAAUUCCUCCAUGAGCAAGUUAAGGUAUUGAGCGCUCCAUACCUUCAAACUAUGCCAGCAACUACAAUGCAGGAAGCGGAGCAGUACAGUCUGCGAAGCAGAGGUCUGUGCCUUGUCCCACUCUCAUGCACUGCUGGAUUUGCUAGCACCAACGGUGCGGACAUAUGGGCUCCGAUCAAAACUACUUCCCCUAGACUCGAAAGCCAAUCUCGCUUUUCGAGUGAAGGCUCAUCCUUCGUCUAAUGUAAACAUGAUCACGCAAAAGGCGUGGACAUGGUGAUCGCCUGGUUUCUCAGUAGCAUCACUCGUUCUGCUAUUUAUAUUGUAUAUUUGAAAAGCUUGAGCAGCAUAUCUUGACUAGAAAUGAUGAAAGUAAUGGUUAUGAAAAGUUUUGAAUAUAUAUAUAUAAACCCACAUCUUUGGCCA